AUGGCUUGUCCACUACCAAGCAUUGAUCCCUUGUAUCAAGACCUCGACCAUGCCAGAAUCCAGUUUCUGGACCGCCUCGCCGAGGAUGACAGAAAUUCGUUUCAGGCUGUUGGCACUCCAACAGACUUGAACUCUGACGCUGUGCAAUUCUUGACGACGUUUCCAGGCCAUAAGAGAACUGCCAAAAAGAUGCUGCGCGGAGUAGCGGGACUGGUUGACGCCCUUGUACCCUAUUUCGAGGUGCUUGGGCUUAGUAUUCAACGGGUCACAGCAUAUGCAGCAGGGGUCUGGGGAUCUAUAUUCCUGAUACUCAAGAUGGCAAGCCGAUUUCCCACUUUGUUCGACAAGCUGGGCGAGUUGUUGCUGGAAGUGUCGACACGCAUUCCUCAAUAUCGAAACCUUCUAGAACGGGCGCAACUGGAUGCGUCUCUAUUUUGGCUGUUGACCGCGAGUGACAACCUGAACCGGUCGCUGCGACGGCUGUACCGUGAUCUCUUCCUUUUCUUCGGCGACGUGGGCAGAGUGUUUACCCAGAAAGACGAAAGUAUGCAGCCCUCCCAAGCUCUUCAAGUGGUACAUAACCCAAUAUAG